AUGGCUGGUCAGUCUUGGUCCUACUCGUUUGCGCACUGUUAUUUCGUACAGACCGCCGUAUUCAGAAGAUCAUCCAAUAACUAUUGGCGUUUUUUUUUUCAUGAGUUUGCUGAAUACCUCGAAUCUGUCGUCAUGUCCAGCGAUAAGUUAUUGAUAACUGGUAAUUUUAAUAUCCAUAUGGAUGUACCUACCGAUCGUAAUAACAUACAUUACAGAGAUCUUUUAGAAGCGAUGGGUCUUGUCCAACAUGUGAAGCAACCUACUCAUAGCGGAGCUCGCAGCUCGCGAAGCGUAGCAUAAUUGUACAAAAUAGUAGUAACCCAUCAAGCCGAAAAAAUUUGGUCGCGCGACCGUACGACCAACCGUAGAAGGUGCUACUUUUAGCAUGCGUGGCCAACUGUACCACGGGCACUAUCUUAGCCAUUACGUAAUGGAGGGGCGGGGGGAGAAGGUAAUGUGCAGGCGCGAUUGCGCGCGUAACUUGGAUACCCCAUUAGUGUGUGGAAACACCGGCAGAUCGCAAUGAAGUGCGCAUACUCGAGUAUCGAGCUUCAGUGUAGUGUACCGCGGGCAUACGGCAUUGCACAAGGGCUUCACAUGGGCUAGUAGAUGUGAAGCCGCGUAAGCAAAUAGUUUCAGUUGCAACCAGCGUUGCGCGAAAUCGAACUGGUGAGGUUGAAGUUGAAGGGUAAUUCUCAUUAUUUUACAAUCUCUAAUCAACAAUACCGGCAGAGCUAACACUUUGUCAACGGGAGGAAAUUGUUAUGAUUCAAGUUUGUGGAGAGAGGGUUUUGAGUGAAAAUAGGAUGAAAAGAAAGAGACUGAGCGAUCAAAAAAACAAGAAGUUAAAUACAUUGAGCGAAUUGAGAAAAACGCGCAAGAAAGUUAGAGAGGACACCAAAAUAUGCAGCAUACGGUGAAAGGAACGCUAAAGAGAACAAUAAAAGAUAUCAGUAAAAAGAUAAGUAUGUAGCGAAGAGCAACGCGGGAAGGAAGUAUAAAGACGCUCCUGAAACCAGACUGAGAAGAGGUCAUCAGCAAAGAGAAGCGAACUACUGAAGGAGCCGAGAAAGACGAGGAGGUAAGUCGUGUUUUAUCUGGGUUUUCCCACAUGCUAAGACCCAGACAAAUUCAAACCUUUUUUAACAAUCGUCGUUUGAUAGUAGCUUCAGUUUAUAAUUCAAAUCACGUUUCGGUAAAACAAUGACUUUGGCCUUCAUCGCCUAAAAACCCUCGCGCCGGUUCAUCGCUCGAAUAACAUUUCAAAGUGUUCGUAUUCUUCAAGGUAUUUCUUUUCCUGUCGUUUAGAAUGCUUUAUACAGUUGUGGUGUUAAUGGACAAGAAGUUAUCUUACGGAUUUUGUUUUGCCGAGAAAGCUUUCAAAUGAUAGCGAACGGCGAGUGCAAGUUUCGACCUCUUUCUCUCUUCAGUCAACUAUCGCAGGAUUUACUCUGUUCGUUGAAUAAAAUCGCGCUAUGUUGAAGAAGUGUUGUUUUAGCCUAAGAACGAACUGGCAGCCUUUCCCAAUCUUGAAAUAAGAUGAGAUUGAGUCAGCGAUGUCCAUGUUUACAUUAAGUCUGACGCGGUAAGUUGAUUUUGACAAUAUUUUAUAAAAUAAUUCAAAUAGUACGCGCGCUCUGAUUGGCCAUAAAACCAUGUUACAUGAGCGUAUGUCAACACGGUUUUCGUUCCUCUUUCAUUAGUUAUUUUAUAAAAGAAAUGUAAAAUGGUUUCCGUGUUUACAUAGCCUGAUGUAAACCACUCCGCCUCGCGUCGUGGUUUCCUACGCUUAUCUCGUGUUCUCCCAACCUCCCGCGUGUUUACAUCAGGCUAUGUAAACACGGAAACCAUUUUACAUUUCUUCAGUCAUGUGAGAACCCGUCAAACAUCUGAGAAAUAAAUUACGGACCGGAAAUGUGUGGUGCGAACAAACUCACGGGUAAAAUGGAAUUAGUCCUACUGCUGAAUGAGUGAACUUCAUUGUUUAGUCAUGGUACUUCUCAGCGUUAUGUUUUCAUGCUUUCUACUCGAUUCUUCAGGAAAUAAUUUCAAUUGCCUCACAAAACAUGGAGCCACUCUCUCUUCUCUCAACAUCUCGAGGUGUACUUACUUCUCGGGUUACGAUGAACAUGCUUGUGAUACGAUAUUCUUUUCCUAAUGCUGGAACCUGAAGAAUCAAUCUAUGAAAUCGAUAGUCAUCGUAUUUUGCCAGAAGCUUCUGAGCUGUGAUCGUGUAAUUAAACGGGGUCUUGGCAAUAUUUGCUGCGGACACUCGCAAUUCUAUUUUGUAUUUAGAUCCCCCUGACGACUGGGAAAAACUAUUUAAUUGCUACAACACGACGCUGUCAUCACUAUUAAAUAAGCAUGCCCCGACUCAGUCACGGAAAAUAAGAAAUAGGCUCAGGCCACCUCGGUUUGAUGAUGAAAUUAUGCAGGCAAGGCGUGACAGACGGAAAGCUGAAAAACUGUGGAGGAGAGCUGGACUAGCCUUGGACCUUCUAACGUUCAAAUCCAAGAGAAAUUACAUAAUAUAUGUUAUGAACAAUGCGAGAAGAACAUAUUAUAGUCGAUUUACUGAAGAAAACAGCUCAAAUUAGUCAAUACGUUUUCGGGAGAGCGAGCGUCUAUUGAAUAUUCAGCCUGAUAAAACUCUCCCGCCUCACAGGAAUACUGUUAGGCUCGUCAGCGAUAAGGAGGACCACUUUGUUCAUAAGAUCACUGCAAUAAUCCGAGUUUGCGGCCAUUACUCAGUCCCCUCCCAGUGCAUCCCAAGAAUCUGA